AUGGCCGAAGACUUGAACGCUAGUAUUCUACUUAAAGAACUAAAACCUUACCAAUGGAUAUUUUCCAUUUUUGGCUUGAAUUUUCCACCAUUUUUAAUAUAUCGUUCACAUAAAGAUGUUAAAUAUUACUUGGUGCUUAUAAUUUAUUUUCUAUACUGUGUAAUACUUUUUGUAGAUGCUGUCUGGGCUGCUUAUAUACACAGUGUUAUUAUUAAAGGAUGGGCUGUUACACUCCAGUUGGAUUAUUUGACGGAAGUAGUUACUUAUAUGCAAAACAUUUUCAUGGCGGGAUUACAACUGGUUUUCCUAUAUAAAUGCUGGUGUGGUCAUCUCAAUCUUCUGGAGAUUUUACAAUUGAUCAAUAAAUUGGAACAUAAUAUGCUAAAGAUAUGUCCCAUUAUAUUUAAGAAUCAAAUGUUAAGAAAACGUCUGCUAAUUACCACUAGCCUAUUUUUAAUCAUGUUGGUUUCCUUCUUAAUUUUGCUCAACUAUUACUUGACCGCUACUAAUUUGGAGCUGAGAAAUAAACUAUUCUUUGCAUUUUUCCUGAUGGUGGUUCAAAUAAAAUUCCUGGACUAUGGAAUUUAUGUUCAACUGAUAUACGAAUAUAUGUUGAUGUUGCUGAAAAGCUUACAGUGCCUACGAGAGAAGGUGGAAAAUGAAGUGGAUAGGCAACAACCUUUGGCUGGAUAUUAUCACAAAUCUUUGAGGCAAAACCAAGCUUGUCUAAUGGAAAUUUGGUUUGUGGUCUAUAAAUUGGAGCAAUAUUUUGCUUGGCCUAUAUUUAUAUUGUUCUUCUACAAUGGAAUUAUCAUUUUGUAUACGGUGAGCUGGGCCUAUGUUCAAUAUCUAUUCGAAAUUAAAACAAGAUAUCAAAUAUUACGCUUGGCCUACAUUACUGUUGUCCUACUCAAUAUGCUUUUAUUAUGUUAUUUGACUCAAAAAUGCAUAAAUGAGUACCAAAAGUUUUCCUAUUUGCUGCUCAACUUUAAAUUGUAUCCUCAUGAUGUGCAAAUGAAAAUGAUCUCAAGGGAAUAUUCACUGCAAUUGAUGCAUCAAAGAAUACAAUUUACUUGUAAUGGUUAUAUGGAUAUCGAUCUAAGUUAUUAUGGUAAGACAAUUUUGGUCAUAUUCGCGUAUGUGAUAAUUGUGCUGCAAUUUAAAUUAACUGACGUAAGUGAAGGAAUUCGAAGAGCCACAAAACAUAUGUUUCAAAGACUUUAG